UUUUAUGCAAAAGCACACGACUUCGGAAAAUACAUUCACUGUGUUUGGUUGUGGUUUUUUCAAUAUAGUUUUUUGAAAAUUUUAUACAAUUUGUUUGGUUAUUCUGAAAAAUGAAUUAUGUUUUCAAAAAAAUGAACGAGCCCUCUGAUUCUUCACGUGAUGUUAUGUUUUCAAAAAAAAUAAAUGAGCCAUCUUAUUCUCUACGAUUAGGUAGGCUGUAGUUGAAUCUACUUCUGCCUCCUCUUCAUAGCCUCUGCCUUGCUCUUUAUUACCUUUACCAAACAUUUUACCACAUCUUCACUUCCGUUGAUAUGCGAAGGUUGGCAACACCAAAGCAACGACGACGGCCAGCGACGAAGACAUUGUUCAGGUGUGGUCACUUUGAGCUCAGGGUGACGAAGAUCCAACGAGAAAGAGUGACACCAUCAGUUUCUUGUGGUCGAUUCGAUCUCCGUUGUACCAAGAUUCGUGAGGAAAGGAUUCAUUUAGGUACACCCCCAUUUACUGAAGACGCUUUGAAGACGAAGCAAAAGGCAGCACACACACCAGACUCAUUUUCUUUUGCUGAAAACGACGUGGAGGUAAAUAUUACUUUGCUACAUUUCGUAAAUGUGUUACAUGCAAUGUUUACUCAUACAAGAAUGCAUUAAAACAUCAGACCUCUAUUCCUUGCAAUGUUUACUGAAACAAGAAUGCAUUAAAACCAACUGUCAGUCAAAUGGAAUUUGUAACUUGCUACUUUCACCAUGGUAUGUAAGACCUCAUCACUUAAC